AAUCAGUUGCAUAGUACUGGCAAUAAGAAAAUAACGACACAGAGGAAUGUUGUGGAAUUACAACAAGAGCAAAGCAAGCGGUACAAAGAUUUUAAAACAAAUAGAAGUUCAACGCAAUAUCUAGAACUAAUACGAAAGGAAUUCUUAUGUACGCAAAUUGAUGAGCUUCAAAGGGAACUAGCCGUUGUUGAUGAACAAGAACAGUACCUAUUUAACGCUUUUUCUGUGGCUAUUAAUGAUUCGUACGAAAAGGAGAAAAUUCAUUCCAACAUGAUUAAAGUUUUUGGCAUACUUGGAACGUUAUUGGGCUCAUUUAUAACAUUUGUUCUCUCAGUUGUUGGACUAUUAUACAACCAAAAAAAAUUAUAUACACUCCGUAAAGAUGUCGAAAGCUCAAUAACCGAGCAAGUGAUCCAAAAAUUAGACAAAGUGGCAAAAGAUCUAAAGGAACAUCAUCAAAGAACUUAUCUUAAGGAAACACAGCAUUUAUCAGAAAAGCCCGCUGAAUCAUGGGCGUCAUAUGUGAAUCGUCACACGCGCUGGAUUUAUUCUUGGGCCAUUCCAAAGAAGUCCUAACACUUUUGUUAAAAUUGCAAAUUUUACAUGGACUAUUUUUUUCUCAAUAAAACUGUGCUUCGUAACGUGCUGUUAAUUUAUGAUUACACUGGCAAACGAAA